AGCCUUUUUUCUUGGCUCAGUCUGGCAGGAAUCACCCGCGCAGCCUUAGAUUCGCAUUCGCCAUGUCGCUGCGGUAUUAUUUGACCUUCAUCGAUGAGGUGCCGGAGGCCGCCAAUUUUCGUCGGGCCUCGAGCUGUGAGCCGAGCCGGGUGAGGAGCACGGAGGAGGAGCUGCUGUCCGCAGAGGUCGAAGGUCUGGCUGAUCGCGCUGCCCACCUCACGCGCCUCACUCGCCUGCCCCCGGCUGCGGCUCCGGUCCCGGUUCCCAGUCUGCCGACGGCGGUCGAGACGGGCGCCAUCAGUGCCACGUCCCCUGGCAGCCGAGGGCAUCCGGAGCUUUGCCGCCGGCCCUGCCUGCACUUUGCGCGUGGCGAGUGCCCGCGGGGAGCAGACUGUGUGUACUGUCACCUGCCCCACCCUCAGCGCGCUGUGAGCUUGGACAAGCGGAUGCGGGAGUGGGUCACCACUUUGGCCCCAUGCAACUUGCUCGCGCUGGUUCUGCCGCGCCUGCGCGCUUGCGUCGACGCGAUGCCGGUGGAUUUCACGGAGCGCGCCGGCCUGUGUGCAAGGGCUUUCCUGCUGGCCUUGGAGCAGGAAACGGCGCGGCUCGGGCCGCCGACGCUUGUGCCCGAGAGUCAGAAGAUUCUGAAGCGGCUGAACCUGAUGACAUUGGCGAUGCUGAUGGGCUUGAUUGUGCGGUGCCCUGCUCCCUCGGUUGCCCUUUUGGCCAAAGAGGCGCUGGAGGACCUGCGUCGGCUCUGAGGGCGGUGCUCCUACAUAGAGCCUUGAACCCUGCUCAUUGAAUUAAAUUUGUUCCACGCCCUAAAA